CCCAUCCUCCCGCAACGCAAGCUUGCCACGCAUCAACAAUUUUCUGCAAGGCCUGAUUGAUUUCAAAUAAUAUUCAGAGAUUACUAAUUCAUCUUAAUUAAACAUUCCGUUAACAUUAAUUUAUAUUGGAUAGAAGACAGAGAAAAGGGAGGAUAGACAAUGGAAGGGGAUGCAAUGAGGACAGAUUUUAUGACCUUAACUCGUUUUAUGUUGGAAGAACAGCGUAGGCACGUUGGUGCAACCGGUGAAUUAACACAGGUCCUUACUGCCAUCUGCACUGCUGUGAAAGCUGUGUCAUCGGCGGUCAGAAAAGCGGGUAUUGCUAAGCUGAGGGGAAAGCACCAUACGUCUAUUGGAGAGUUUGUUUUGACUGAUGCUAACAUGAGGAUCAAGCCAAGAGGCAAAAUCUUCAGCAUCAACGAAGGUUAUGCUCAAUACUGGGACAACGCCAUGAAGGAGUACAUAAACAGAAAGAAAUACCCAGAGGAGGGGAAAGCACCAUACGGUGCUCGUUAUAUUGGUUCCAUGGUAGCAGAUAUGCAUAGAACUAUUAAGUAUGGAGGUAUAUUCCUCUACCCAGCUCACUCCAAGAGUCCUAAGGGCAAGCUUCGCUUGAUGUACGAGUGUAAUCCAAUGGCAUACCUGGUGACGCAGGCAGGGGGCCUAGCUACAACAGGUAAAGAGAUGAUUCUUGACUUGGUACCAACAAACAUCCACGAAAGGUGUCCUGUAAUAAUGGGCUCCACAGACGACGUAAACGAAUAUCUUGAGUGUGUUAAAUUACAUCAGAAGUGAAUUUAUUUGGAUUUCAUUUGGAUUUAAAUGGCUGAAAAGAUAGGUUACGAUAACAACCGAUGUUAAAAUUUAAUAACAAUUUCUAUAUUCUUUUCAUAGAGCCUGAUUUUGGCUGUAUGGUAAUCGAUUUCAUAGUAUAUUUCUGCUACAAGAAAUCAGUGAAACCUAUGUUUUGAUCUGUUUUUUUGGAAGGUGACAACUUUAAAACCUUUUUAAAUUUGAAUUUUCAUGUUUUCCAGAUUUUAGGGUCAAAGCUUUAAUUCAAAGUAUUUGGAAAUAGACUGGCAUGCAAUUUGCCACAAUUUUACAGCUGUUUUUAUUGAUAAGUGGUUUUGUUAUGAACUUACAAUAUUUUGUUUCAGUAUUAUGUAAUUACGUCCAUUUUAGUUGAACUUAACAUAAAAUAAAUAGUAAUAAAAUUAUUUAAGGCUCUAAAACCAUAAAGAGUAUAUUGUAUAAAUUAUAAUUAAAGCCCCAUUCCCGGCAAAAUUUCACUAAACGAAUUCUUUGUUACUAGGUAAAUUCAGAGGUUGUAGAUCGUAUUCGCUGGAAUGCUCUCGCUGUUGUGUAUUUGCGCCCUCUCUAAUGAGAUUAGUUUUUAGACUUUGCAUCUCACACAUUGCGAUUGAUUGAGUAGGCCUCAGAUAUGGCUAUUUGUCAAAAUCUCGGUUAGAAUUAUUUUUUCAACAAAUUUGAAAUAAUUCCUAUGAAGUAUUAUAUCUCACAAGUGUCAAAACUAGCAAUGGAAAAUAUCAUGUUGGCCGUUUCAAUGUGUGAUAACAGAACCUAAAUCGAGGUAAGGCUAGGCCUAGCCUAGCAAUGUUGGAUAGGCUAAUGUUUCCAGCGCCUACUAUAUUUCUUGGCAGAC